AUGAGCCGAUGCAAAAUUUGCGGCAAAAAGGUUCCUGUGACACGCGGCAAUACAUCUAAUUUGAGGUGUCAUCUCGCUAACUGUCAUCCAGCCAUUAAUGCACAGCUGGCCCCUCAAGCAUCAGGUCGCGGAGCAACAUCAAAAAGAACAGCUGAGACCGGUACCAGCCGACAGUUAGGAGUAGCUGAAGCCUUUGGGAAAUCUGUAAAAUACAGCCGUGAAAGUAACAGGCAUAAAUGCCUUACAGCCGCUGUUACCCAGUAUCUAGUUCAGGAGAUGGUUCCAUUCAACACUGUGGAGAAACCUGCAUUCAAGUCAAUGCUUCAAAAAUUUGACAAGCAGUACGAGUUGCCGGGCAAAACCUACUUUUCAGAAACUGCUGUGCCAAAAAUGUACAGCACGGUAAAGACAUCGAUUAAAAGCGAGCUUAUGAAUGUCGACUACUUUUCUGCCACAACCGAUAUGUGGUCAAGUGUCAAUAUGACUCCUUAUAUGAGUCUAACGGUUCAUUAUCUCAGCAUAGAAUGGAUUCUGAAAUCACGUUGCCUCGAAACCGUGUUCAUGCCCGAAAACCACACGUCCGACAAUAUUUCGGAUGCUCUCCGGCACACAUUUGAAGAGUGGUCCCUGGAUGAGAAGAAGCUGGUCUGUAUCACUACAGACAAUGGGGCCAACAUAGUUGCAGCAGUCAAAAAGUUGAACUGGCCGUGGCUGAACUGCUUUGGUCACAAUUUACAUUUGGCAAUAACAAACGCAAUGGCAAGGGUCAAAGACCGCACAGCCCGAGCAAUGGGCCUGUGUCACACACUGGCCUACUCUGUUCAGGACUGCGCUACGAGAUGGGGCACCAAACAGAAAAAGGUGGAAAGGGUUUUAGAGCAAAUCCCGGCUAUCAGAAGAGUUUUGGAUGACCGCCGGAGACAUCAACAUCUAAAUCCAAGCUGGCAGGACAUCGCUGUCCUUGAGUCCGUGAACGCAGCACUGAAACCCGCGGCUGAAUUUACGGAUCUGCUGUCUGGCGAAAGCUACGUUACAGUGUCUUCAGUCAAACCCGUCCUGAAACUCCUGACAGAAGAUAUGCUUAAACCAUCAUCCGAGGAUACCACCUUAACAUCGGACAUAAAGCACAAAAUGUGUGGUGUUCUACAUGGGAAGUAUGAACCAGCUGCCUUACAAAAACUUUUGGCAAAGGCGUGUUGUUUAGAUCCUCGAUAUAGGGGGGAUCAUAUCAAUGACACGGAGACAAAAUCCGCACUCAUCGAAGAGAUGGUGGGAGUGGAGGACGAAGAGACCGCUGCCCGUGCGUCAGAGGUUGGAGACGCAGGGAAAGCGGUAGUGCCACCUGCAGCAAAGAAAAAGACUCUUGGAGACCUGCUGAAGUCACGGACAACCUCCGCGUCAGCGCCCAUACCCAAGAGAGCGCGAGCAGAUAACGAGCUCACGCGCUAUCUGCAUGAGGAGUGCAUCGACUCCAACGCGAAUCCACUGUCCUGGUGGCGCGAUAAUCAGUCUAGAUUUCCGCUGCUCUCCAAAGUCGCGCGCAAAUACAUGUGUAUUUGUGCAACGAGCACACCGUCGGAAAGGGUUUUCAGUGCCGCGGAGAAUAUUGUUACCCCCAUGCGAUCCUCCCUGAAACCACAUAAGGUUAAUAUGUUGGUUUUCCUAGCGCGAAACAAGGACAUGAUAACCCAGAUCUAA